AGACAAAGCAAGAGAUGAGUCCGAAUCAUAGUGCAAUACAUACCAGCAGCCUCUUCCUCCUCCUCAGCCACGCGCAUUCCAAAACACGCCCUCGGCAACCCCUCUGUCCCUGCCUGCGCUGUCCCGCGCUCCACACGCGCAAAUACAGACCCCAAGCCCCAACGAUCACGAACUUCAGCCGAAUCACAACAAACAAUUCGUUUUCAGGAGAGGAAACUACGCAGAAUCUGCUCCUCUUUUGUCUUUUGUUUUUUUUCUCGUCCCUUUACCUCAAUCUCGCUCGGGCUCCCUCAGGUAACUCGAUCCUCGCUUUGUUCUCUUGAAACGAAAAGACUGAAAAGAAAAAUCUUUGUACAUAUAAAUCUCUCUCCCUUUGUACAUCUAAUGCCGUUCUCGCCCGUCAACCUCGUCGUACUUCAUAUCGUUCCGUGGAUUUAGAUCGACAUAUAUGCAUAUAAAUGUUUAUGUAUGCAUGUAUGUAUGAUUCCGGCUCUGUACCCUUUUAUGGUUCAUCUGUUCGGUCAAUUCCAACUUGGAUUUUUUCCGUUUGAAACCCUAAACCCCUCUUUUGCUUGAUUGCAAAGUGCUCGUUUUUGGUGGAUUAAUUUCCAACAGAAAAUUAGGGUUAGAAGCGAAACAAUAUGAUAAAACAGCCGAGAGGGGUUCUGGGUACAAGAAAUCCCUGGCUCCGUGGGAUUUUCAAUGGAAUUUCGGCUCUGGUGUUGUUCUUCUUAUUCUACAAUCAUGUUAGAUUUCCGGGAAAUCCAUUUUUCGCAAACUCGCCUUCUGUUCUUCCACAGUGGAGCUUGAGAGGUGGUGGUUUUGACAACCGUGGUGAUCGGAUUGAGGUUAUUCGUCGGAAAACUGCUCAGGUUUUUGUUAGUUCUGCGAACUAUAAUGGGAGCAGCGUUGUUAAUGGGUCUGAUACGAAUGAUUUGACGGUCAAGGACUUGAAAUUAUGCAGCGGAUUGUCUGAACACAGGGGCUACCAGAGCGAAUGCGAGUAUUUGGUUGUCCACCCGGAAUGUACGGCCGGUGGGUUUUUCAAUUAUGUCAAGUUCUUUUAUUGUGAUUGUGAGAAUGUUCGUGUUUUGGGGUAUUUGGUCUUGGUGAUAUGGAUGUCUUCCUUGUUCUAUCUAUUGGGUAAUACUGCAGCAGAUUACUUUUGCUGCUCUUUGGAGAAACUUUCAAGUCUAUUGAACUUGCCAGCUACUGUUGCUGGCGUUUCGUUGCUUCCUUUGGGGAAUGGAGCACCUGAUGUGUUUGCCAGCAUUGCUGCCUUUGUGGGUAAGGAUGCGGGUGAAGUGGGUCUUAACAGUGUGCUGGGGGGUGCUGUAUUUGUUACUUGUAUCGUUGUGGGGACUAUAUCUAUUUGUAUUUCAGAGGGGAGGGUUCAGAUUGAUAGGAAAUGCUUCAUCAGAGAUAUAUGUUUCUUCCUCUUCAGUGUCAUGUCGCUUGCCAUCAUAUUGACUGUUGGUAAGGUGACCAUUGGGGGUGCUAUAGCAUUUGUUUUAAUUUAUGGGGUUUAUGCAUUUGCGGUUACUGCGAAUGAGAUUCUGAGAAAACAUGCUCGAAAGUUAAGGUUGGAUACCGUGACACCAUUGCUGCCUAUCAAAGGAAGUAUCUUUUCUCAGGGAAGUGAAGAGGAUGAUUCUAUUUAUGCCUCACUGCUUCAAUCGGACUCUGAGAGUGAUGUGCCACAUCUCCAAAGUAAGUUGCCUCAGUGGAUGUGGGCGUCAAAUGUAGCAAUCUAUUCAAACCAGGGUUUGAAGGCUGAUUCAGAGAGUCCAAGGUCUUUGUGGGGAUGGAAUGAUGAGGAGGCAGAGAACAAACAGUUUUCCUUUCCUUUCUUUAAAUUAUUAUCACUUCUGGAGAUGCCAUUGACGCUCCCAAGACGAUUUACAAUACCGGUAGUUGAGGAGGAGAGAUGGUCGAAAGGGUAUGCUGUUGCAAGUUCUUCAUUUGCACCCCUUCUUCUGGCAUUUUUGUGGAACACCCAGGAUGAUGUAAGCUCUUUAAGUGGGCAAAUUGCAUAUUUUAUAGGUGUAGUCUUUGGGGGUACACUUGGUGUUCUUGCAUAUUUAUACACAAGACCUGAUCAGCCACCCCGUAAAUUUUUACUUCCAUGGGUUAUGGGGGGAUUUUUUAUGAGUAUUAUCUGGUUCUACAUUGUUGCGAAUGAGCUUGUUGCCUUGCUGGUGGCACUAGGCAUAAUAUUUGGAAUUAACCCAUCAAUCCUUGGAGUAACAGUGUUGGCAUGGGGAAACUCAAUGGGCGAUUUAAUGUCAAAUCUUGCACUUGCAACGAAAGGUGGAGAUGGUGUGCAAAUUGCCAUGUCAGGAUGCUUUGCUGGACCUAUGUUCAACAUGGUUGCUGGUUUGGGGAUCUCAAUGCUGAUUGGAUCCUGGUCUAAGAGGCCUGCAUCAUACGUAGUUCCCAGAGAUAUUAGCUUAUUUUUUACUAUGGGAUUUCUAAUAACAGGACUUAUUUGGUCACUUGUUGUGUUACCAAGGAAUGAUAUGCGCCCUAACAAGAUGUUAGGAAUUGGCCUCAUAGCAAUCUAUCUGAUAUUUCUUUCCUUUAGGUUGAGCACAUCAAUGGGUGUCUUGUCAGUAGUAGGUUCCUAGUGACAGCUUCCAUAUUUGCCAUGAGCAUAGUGAUAUUCGAUGAUAUAUGAACCUGAGAACAUAAUUGAUUUUGUUGGUGGUCGGUUCACCCUCUUCUUUAUCUUAACAAGGGGCUGUUAGAUGAAAUUCAUGCAUAUUUUAUGCAGAAUUGAGAUGGAAUGGCUGUGUCAAUGCUGUAAGUUGUCUCAGAGUUGUACUUAUUCUCAAUGAAGUACAUAUAUGAUAGAUUUCAUGUAAUCUACAAUCAAUUAUUCAAUACAGUUCCCACAGCUAUAUUUUCAUUGC